GUUCUCCAAGCGUGGAGGAAAUGCAGACCCACCUUGAAUUGGGCUCCGAAGAACAAGGCUGAGGUCAAGCGCCAGCACCUAUUCGAGAAUGACCAGAUCAGAAGCCCAGAUGGGGAGUGGUUUUCUCUCGAAAGGAAACCUGGGUGUUUCGGACUGAGCUAGAUGCAGAAAGGGGUCUGCCUGAUCGGUGACCUGUGGGUGGCCAACACCAAUCGUUGGAUCUCCUCAGACCAGUUAAAAGAACUGCUGGGUCAAUUGCCAGAUCAGGAGGCUCAUUUCACUCAACUGAUUCAGGCCAUCCCGGCCGAAUGGAGACAGAUCCUGGGACCUGAGGGUAUUGACCCGCCAGGUACGUGGUACGUUGGGGAUACAGAUGAGGCAGAGCGCUACUGCGGAUUGGAAAGCUGGACGGAAGACAGAUCUGGCAAGUGUUGGCUGGAGACAUAUAAGCGGGUGCUUCCUAACCUCCCCACGCUGGAGAGAAGUGGGAUGCGGAUUCAAUAUGGUCUGGGUGGGCUAAAAGAAAUCCGGGUCCAACUAAGACCUCCGAAAGAGGAAGGCUUUCCGCUGAUCCCUGUUCUGGUGGGAAAUGGGGUAAGCGUGGACAAGUUGAAGAUUGAUCCGGAGGUCUGGGGUUGGAGCUUAGGUGAUUUAGUGGUAAUGGGCAUGGAUAAAUUGGAUGCUAAUCUGAUCUCCAAAAUGCAUUCAGGCGCAGAAUCGGUUAGUUCAAGGACAGGUAGACGUUGGUCGCAGCAAGUUCCCCACUUGCGGCCACCUUCACAUUCUGAACUUUCCAGAUUGUGGUCACAGCUGCAAGCCUUGCCUUCGCAGAAGCUGGCUUCCCUUCUGUGGCUUCAGUCACAUCUAGCGGUUCCUACCUCUCAGUGGUUGGCCGACAAGGGGAUGUAUGUGAAUACAACCUGUGACCGGUGUAAGGAGGGGCCAGAGACUAUGCAACAUCUCUGGUGGGAAUGCCCAAGGUCGCGCAAAUGGUGGAAAUGGUGGGUGUACCACUGGAACAGAUUCGCAGAAAGGUUGGAUUUGACGGGAGAGAGGUGGGUCCUAACAGGUUGUCUACCGGAGAAUACCAGCAGUACCGAACGAUGGGGGUACAUCGCUCAGGUUGGUAGGGCGAUUAUGUUUUGGGUUAUCUGGGCAGACAGGAACAAUCUCAAAUUCAAAGGUGAAGGACUACCUGAGGAGCAGGCCGAGGAAUUGUUCAAGAAUCUCCUGGCUACAGCUAUAAGAGCGGACUGGGCAAGGAGACGUGGUCAGCAGGAUCACGCCAGGAGGGAAUCAUGGUUCCGUGGGUGGAAAAUGGCGCGCUCGAUGAAGGGAGCUCUGGUCGCCUUGGCGUUCUUCGGGCUGAUGAGUGUAGUGGCCGCGUCUCGCAGUGAAGAUGAUACCGACGUGUGCAAUUUGGCGAAUGUGAACUUGGAUUCCCUGAAGGGUCCGUGCGACGCGAUGGCUUCGAACUUGGGAAGGGGAGGAGAGUGCUGCAGCAAGAUCGAUGCACUGAUGGCGGAAGUGCUGGACAACUCGAGGUUUAACCAGGAAUGCGGGGUGCAAUUGCUUAACAAGAUCGCAAUGAACGGAUACCCCAUGAUCGCACUUGAUUACGUCGACAAGUGCCUUGGAGAGGAGAGGAGAGCGCUCCAGGCAGUAUCGUCGUCGUCAUCAGUGACGACUAAGACCCCCACUCCUACUCCAACUGGUAAAUCCACCGACAAGACUGCGCCGUCGUCACACAGCUCGACUCCGGCUGCGGCAAUUCCGAUUCUGAUGCAGUUGGCGUUCGCUUUUGUUGCUAUAGCUCUCCUCCACUGAGGCCAGUUACAGUGUGUGUGUGUUUGAGAGAGAGAGAGAGAGAGAGAGAGAGAGAGAGAGAGAGAGAGAGAGAGAGAGAGAGAGAGAGAGAGGUCGUGGCAUUUAUUCGUGUGCGCCCGCGAUUGGCGGUCCAGGUGGAUUAAAAGCGCCUUUAGAUCUGUGAUAACGAAAAUUGGUACUGCAGAGUAGAGUCGUUGAGGGCUGACGAAGCGCGAAACGCUAUCCAUAAGGCCCUUUGCAUCUGUUAAAGCGAAAAAUGAAGUAGGUGUUCGUUAAUCUCGUAUUUAAUAAGCGGUCAGAUGAUCGGCAACAUUUCUGUGGAGUUGGGUCAAAUUUUUUUAUUUGAGUAAAUAAAGGCUAUUAUAACGC